GAAGAAUAAAACUAAAACUACACUCCAACAAUAUACCAAAUUCCUCCCAUACAUACUCAUCAAAACUUGUUACAAAAACUCUUCCUACAUAAAGAUGGCAGGUAGCAGAAGAAUUGAAGUUCUACUGGAAGAUCAGACACCACAUAAAUGGAUCGUUCCACUUACUGAAGAUAAUUUCCAAGCUUUCUUUUCAAAAGGAAAUCAAACAGUUCGAAAGGUAUUUGGUGAGGGCUCUCUAUUCAGUCCUAUGCUGUUUGGGAAGUUUUUCGAUCCCUCUGAUGCUUUCCCUUUGUGGGAGUUUGAGGCUGAUGUUUUGCUCUCUGUUCUACGAGCCUCUGGUUGUUGUCAAGUUGAUUGGGGUAUGAAUGAUAAAGAGUAUGUACUGAAAGCAGAAUUACCAGGAGCAGGAGCAGGAGCAGGAGAAGAUUGUGUACAGGUUUGUGUGGAGAAAGGGAAAAUUCUUGAAAUUAAUGGGCAGUGGACUGAUCAUCAUAAGGCAAGGGACUGGAAAAGCGGUCAUUGGUGGGAACAUGGAUUUGUUAGAAGGAUUGAAGUUCCAGAGAACGCGGAUUGGAAGAAGACCGAGGAUAAUGCAGAGAAGUAUAAAGAGCAAGAGUGUAGAUUACAAGAGGGGAGAAUAUUAGUUACUGACAUAAUCAAAUCGCUUCUCUGCACAUUGGUGUUGGAAGUAGUAGUAUUAACCACAAGGAAUUGAAAUUUCUGAUGAAGAUAUCAUUCAUUAAUACGUGUGAAUAUAAUGAUACGGCUUACCCUAAUACGGGUGCCUGGAACUCAUA